GCAGCUCUCGAGCACUGGCUCGUGCCAGCACGCGACGCGGUAACCGACGAGGACCCCGUUUCAGGAAGCAGGAACCUCGGCUGUGCUCGGCUGUGCCGACUCGUGGAUCGAACGGCUGUUGUCCCUGGUUCCUGCUGGCCUCGACUGAGCGACCGUUUCGUUGACCUGCAGUGGUGUUUUGGCUGAGUAUCGUGGCGUCAGCGCCGUUCCUGUGGCGCUUGUGCCUACCAAUGGAGGUUCCACCAGGACCAUGAAUCCACAGGCUGUCCAGAAGGCACUUAAGGGCACGUCCAACCUCUUCCAGACCAUCACUGAUGUGCGAGCGUUCGGACGAGCGUUCCAGACCGUGCUAGCGUUCCAGACCUGUGCUGAAGACCUGUUGAAAUGCAUUUCAUUCGCUUCUACCCGGUGGUGUCAGCAGCAUGCCGGCGGCUUUAGUUCCUUCAAAUGGAAGCUUGAUACGUCUGACCAACCCCCAGGCGAUCCAGAAAUCUCUGCAUGCUGCUACCUCUUCAUACGAGACCAUCACGGAAGUGAGGCCGUUUGGCCGCUGAGGUAUCGUGUGUCGAUCGCCAGACCAGUCCUGUGUCGCGGAUCUGCUAAAGUGCUCAUCAUUCGCAUCAAUACCGGUGUUCACACUGGUAAUGGCAUUUUCUGAGCGCCAUCACUCGACCAGAAACCGCGACGUAAGCGAUUGUGGCCGGAGCAGCCAGUGUAAUAGCAAGUGAGCGUGUUGACCCUAGCGGAUAUUAGCGUUCAUCUUGCAAAGGUAAGUCAACUUUACCGUACAAUCAGGCAAGGCUGUGCACACCGCCGCAUAGUAAGAGAAUUGUUGCGGCAGCCAGCAGUCAUAGUUCUGUACAAAUUGUAUGUUCAUACACUUGUUUCUUCCCAUCCCCCCUUACCAUCAUCUACCUCUUCUCCUCUUACGUUUUCCAUUUUCCCCUUCCCACACAGUGCGGAGUAGCAAUUCCGAAGCACGUGCGUCGUGCUUACCUUUCUGCCUUUCUAAAAUUAACGUAUUUUUCUCUUUCAUGUUGUCUGUCGCUCAAGUAGCUGCGUUAUGUCGAAGCCAUUUACACGUCAGCGCAAGGUGUAGUCAGAGCCACCCCCGUAUUCAGAAAUGCAUCUUAACAUGAAGCCCACGCUCGAAUUGACUUGCAUAACACCUGUCGUGAACGCACCAAAAGAAACGCAAUGAGCAUCUUGGGCGCGUUCGCACCAGGCGUGAUUUGUAUCAAGUCAAACAUAACCUUCAAGUUAAGAUGCAGUUCUGAAUACGGCGGUGAGUUGUGUAGUGGCAAAUAAACAUCCCAAACCAUGCUAUAAAGUCACGUGUGCGAACAUCGCGUAUGGCCGCGUUUCUUUUAUUUCACGAUAUUUUAGUCUUGUGCUAAUCCAGAUACAUUGUACUCUCAGCGAUAACACAUAGCUCAUGUGCUAGUGUCCGAAUGCAGAUGCGGAAGGACUGGUGGCAGAACAUUUAGUGGAAAAUCUUGCUGGCAGCUGACGAGACACUUAACAUGAAGCUUCGAGGUGUAAUUCAGCGACUGCUCCGUUUGAUGAUAUAAGGACUUGCUAAACUCAUUCCGAGAUUCGAUGAAUGCCUCAAAAUCAGUUCUGUUAUGAGCUGGGAAAUCUGUAGAAGUGUUUUAUUUUCCGCCUUCGAAAGCAAUUUCAUUCGCAUUCCUGUUGUGUGACUUUCCUUCUUUCUGAAAGAAAGCCAUUUUUUUUGUCGCCGCAACAAUGAUAAGUUGUUAUUUGCAUUUCAAUAUUGUUGAGCACCACACCGUGUUCACGCCAUGAUAUUGUGUGUUUGUGCAAUCAAGUUACAAUGUCAUACACUGUCUUGUCUUUUCUGGCAUGUGGGCAGCGUCAAGUUAUAAAUAACAGCUCACUCUCAGCAACUUUUUCCAAGGCCACAGGUAAAAUGAAACGAACUCAAUUUCUCAUAAAGGUAUUCGUUUCUCCGGUUACAAAAAAGUGCUCUGAUGUUCGAGUAGGCUAUAAUGCGGGCCACACGGCACCUGUCCACGCUGUCUACCGCCACGAUGAUUUGCGCCACUCAGCAGCCGGUGGUUCAUCACUUACAAAAGGGAGUCUUACAAGAGUACGUACGUCAAAUAUUGGUGAGUGUUUAGCCACGCCUUCACGAGUGGCUACUUUUCAUAUUCUGCUUCCCAUUCGCGUUUUCUCUGCUUUAUCUACACUCACAUCCUUUCUCACAGACACACACAAGUUAAGCCCUCUUCUGUAUAUUAGCACGUCUCGCAGCAUGCCAACCUGUUUGGCAUGCAUGUAGACGUGCAUAGUCUUAACCGAUGUUGCAUUUGCGCUCCAUUACUAAGGCUUUACAAUUAAGCACGAUGAAAAUUGGAACCUAGCAUGCUUAUGUCUGUAGAAUAGCGUAUUUGUGUACGUGAAGUGACAAGUGCUUGGUGUCUUUGUCAAACUUCUUUAUUUCAAACGAGCCAUUUGCGCAUCAAACCUUUGCCCCUCUUUUCUGUCAGGCACGCAUACACGUAAGUAAAGGGACUUUUAUUUUGCAUUGCGUUCAGGCCAAAUGCGAGCUAUCCGAGUGUUUGUUUACCCAACGUAUUUUACAUAAAGUUACCAUAUUUUAAUUUCCGACUUGGAGGAAAAGGAAUGAACGAAUACGUCAGAGUGAAGUGCAACCGAUGUUAGUCUCAACCAAUGUUGCAUUUGCGUUCAAUUAUUUAGGCUUUACGAUUUAGCAUGAAGAAAAUUGGAAGCUAGCAUUUUUUGCCUGUAGAAUAGUGCAUAUAUGUACGUGAAUUGACAAGUGUUUGGUGUCUUUGUCAAACUUCUUUAUUUCAAUCGAGCCAUUUGUGCAUCAAAUCCUUGUCCCUGUUUUCUGUCAGCCGUGCAUAAACGUAGUAAGUAAAGCGAUUUUUGUUUCACAUUUCGCUCAGGCCUAACGCGAGCUGUUCGAGUGUUUGUUAACCUAACGUAUUUUAUAUGAAAAUUGCCAUACUUUAAUUUUCGACUUGGAGCAAAGGGAAUAAAAGAAUAAGCCGUAGUGAAGUGCAUCGGGGGAGUUUUCUGAGGAAUACCUUUCAUCAACGAUUCACUAUUCAGUGUUCCCCUUAUUCGUGCGUGCUUGCUUACGUAUACGGGCCCCUAUAUGUAUGUACGUAGGCGUUUACGAGGGCGCACAUGCUGCCUGAAUGCAACGCAAUUCAGUCGUGUUUUCCACGCGAUACCUUAUUUAUUCUGGUGUGCAUUGUCGCCUCCGUGAUAAUAAUAUAACGUUUACCUACGGGGAAUGCUAACAUUCCAAAUUACAACGGAGUUGUGCUCCUCGUAAUUUGAUUGUUGUCUGAUACGAGAAAGUUAUACCUGAGGACCACUGAAUCAAACCAUGGUUUAUUAUAUUCUACCGAGACCACCCGAAAGCCGUUACAUAAACUUCGGUCGAUAUGUGGGAAACAUUAUAGGUCAUCGCAGUGGUUCAUGCUAAAGCUUUCGUCGCACGUGUCAAUAUGGUCUUAUCCGGCUAAUAUCAUGACUUUACCGAUUCUCGCUUCUAAUCCGCAUCUUUAUCCUAUCAGUCCCAGCGGUGACCCCUUUGCCAACCUCUACUACGACAACGAAGUCUAGUCCUACAAGCCAAAGUCCAAGUACAAGCACUCCAAGUACUACAACGAAAAAGCCUCCCCUGGUGUGCCAGAUGAUGUCUCCCGACCACGUGUCGAAUAAACUCGCUAUUACCAUCGGUACGAGGCCCGAGCCUGGCCUGUGCGACUACAUCGUGCUCGAUAUUCCACAGACUCCAGACGGGAAGUUCGACAGCUCUGGGUACAAGUUCCUGAACGGCAGCACGACCAAGUACAUGUUCAGCAUCACUGAAGUCCUGUCUUCUCGUUCAACGUUUCUCGACAAAGCGACGCUGAGUGACACCGGAAGAGAGAUACUGCAAAUUCUACCACUGCGCGGUUUUGGCUUCCUCGGCGAAGUGUCACAGCGGAACCCGUUCGCGUCCAUUCGCGGUUCACUGGCGAACUACGCUCAGUCGCUAACGUUUUUCUACGCGCGAUUCACGGAAGUCCUCAGAGGGCUUGGCGUUGCCAAAGGCGAAGUCAUCAACUUCUUGGCUUUCAAACCAGUCAAUCUGGCCUCGAGGGCGGCCUCUUAUGAGAGACUCUUGGAAAGCCUUAACAACAUCCCCGGUGAUCACCUCCACCUCGUGAUGCUCCUCACCAUCACGACCGAAACAGACCUGCUGGUCCAGCCGUCUUCUUCCUGGGACAAGCACUGCCUUGCUUCUGACUCCGAACCGACAAUAAAAGAAGCCGUGGAACUCAUUGCCAAAGUAAAGUCGCCGGUUUUCACCUUCGCAUUGACGCUGAGUCUGCGGUUUGACAUCUUUGAAGACGUAAUGGUGACGAGUCUGGGGACCACGGAGCUCAAAGCUAUUGGCAGCACCGAUCAUCGCUCUGUUGGCUACGAAGGCGAGUGCUACAAACUGCACGCUGGAAUCCCCUUUCACCGGAUUACGAAUGUUGCCGUAGGAGAGUGUGCGUUCGCCCAGUACAAGCCCAUGGAAAUCGCCACUUUCGAGACUUCGGAGUCGGUCGAAGAAAAGAUGACGCUUGCCUACGAUACCCUGGAUCUCUUGAAGGCCACCAGUCACACCGUCGGUUGGCUUGUUUACAACGUCACCGGUGGACUAUCGCCCCCAUUAUGUGGAGGGAGUCAGCACCGUUUGAGGAAAAUACGCGAGAUUAUCGACACGCGCUGAGCCGCAAGCCGUUCUGCCGUUUGUGGACUGCCGUCUCAUCGUUUUUCGAGGAGUUGUCAUCUACGUUCUCUUUGUUUACGAUGUCUUCUUUUACCCCAAUUUUGUGUAACGACGAACCUUAUACGGUUCCCUGUAAGAGACCCCGAAGACGAAAGCCAUUAGGACUCAGGCGAGUCCCUCAUCGAGAAAAGAUAAGCGCAAUUCAGUCAAAUGACGAGAUGUAUAGAUAGGAAAAGGGCUCGUGCUUAUCUUUCUUUCUUCCGUUUCCUGUGUUUUUCUGUUUUAUUAUGAGGCCCUGUGCUUCCUGCUUCGCCCACUUUCCUGUCUUUGUUUGCCGGACUACUUGUGGAUAUGUAUAGCACCAGUUGAAGACAUUUUGUUGCAUAGGACGACCUGGUGAUUCUAGUUAGAUCGAACCUGAACAAUACUGAAGGCGGAAGGCGUUGGUCCCUCGUCGUUCUGAAUGGUCGGACACAUGCAGCAUAUGGAUAGAAGACAGCUUCUGCAAAACCCACAUCGAACUUGUACUUGAGUGUGUGUGAAGUGUAUGCGGAUCCUUUCCUGAAACACGGUGUCAUGAUCAUAGCCGUGCACCCUCAUCCGUUUUAAUUCUGAUGUCUGUCAGCGAAAUAUUUAUCGUCUACUAACACGACUUGAGUUCUUUCUUUUAAA